AUGAAAUUAGGAUAUAAUGAAAUAAUGAUAACAUCAAUGUACUUUGAUGAUAUUAAUGAUUUUAUUAAUUUAGAAAUUGGAAUUAAAAGAUUUCAAGGAAAUAUGGAAAGAUUUCAUUUUAAUCCAAUUCCUUUAAAUAAUUAUUCAAGAAAAUUGUUUCCUAAUAUUGAAACAUUUCAUAUUUAUAAUAGAAGAGAUAAAAUAUUUGAUGAUGGAAGAAUAUUUAAAAAAAUGAUAUGGUAUAAAGUAAAAUAUUCAACAUAUUACGAGAGAAAUAACAAGGAAAUAUAUAAAAAAAUAGAGUAUAGAAAAGAAGAUAGAUAUAAGUAUGGAAAUACAAUACCAUCAGAAGUUAAAUCACUUGGGUAUGAAUGUUUUGAAAGAUGUUAUUCAUUAACAUCAAUUAAUAUACCAUCAUCAGUUAAUGAAAUAGGAAAUUAUUGUUUUUCUGAAUGUUCAUCAUUGACAUCUAUUGCUAUACCAUCAACAAUUAGUAAAAUAAGAAAAAUGUGUUUUAAUAAUUGUAUAUCAUUAACUAAUAUGAAUAUAAUUAAUCUACAAUAUACUAGUGAAGAAAGAAUAUUUAUGAAUAAACCAGUGUUAGUUAGUAUUAAAAUACCUGAUAAUCUACAAAUAAUCAAUGGAAAGAAUAUUGAAAAGAAAGAUGUUAAUGAAUUUAUUAUUCCAUCAUCUGUUAGUGAAAUAGGAGAUUAUUGUUUUUAUAAAUGUACAUCAUUAAAAUCAAUUAACAUACCAAUGUCAAUUACUAAAUUAGGAGAAGAAUGUUUUAAAAGAUGUUAUGAACUAACAACAAUUAAUAUACCGUCAUUAAUUAGUGAAAUAGGAAAUUAUUGUUUUGAUAGAUGCACAUCAUUAACAUCAAUUAAUAUACCAUCAUCGAUUACAACAUUUGGAUAUGGAUGUUUUUAUAAAUGUGGAUGUGAAGAAGAAUUAAAGAAAAAUAAAAGAAUACCAAGAAAUUGUUUUAAAGAUAAUGAUGAAUGA